GUGGCCACGCCCACUAUGGCAAAGAAUUACAAAAGGCGAAGAAGCCUGACUCAGGCUUAAGGUUUCCAGCCACAGAGGGAGUCAUUUCAUUGGCGCUUGAGUCAGAAAAGAAGCCAAGAUGGCCAAAGUUCCAGACCUUUUUGAAGACCUGAAGAACUGUUACAGUGAAAAUGAAGAAUACAGUUCCACCAUUGACCAUCUCUCUCUGAAUCAGAAAUCCUUCUAUGCUGGUAUAAGCUAUGGUGAACUUCAUGAAGACUACACGGAUCAUUCAAUGUCUCUGAGUACCUCUGAAACCUCUAAGACAUCCAAGCUUACCAUCAAGGAGACUGUGGUGAGGGUAGCAGCCAGCGGGAAGAUUCUGAAGAAAAGACGGUUGAGUUUAAAUCAACUCAUCACUGAUGAUGACCUGGAGGCCAUUGCCAAUGAUUCAGAAGAGGAAAUCAUCAAGCCCAAAUCAGCACAUUCCCACUUCCUGAGCAAUGUGAAAUACAGUCUUGUGAGGAUCAUCAAACGCCAGUUCAUCCUGAAUGAUGCCCUCAAUCAAAGUAUAAUUCGAGCCAGCUUGGAUCAGUACCUCACAGCUGCUGCAUUAAAUAAUAUGGAUGAUGCAGUGAAAUUUGACAUGAGUGCUUAUAAGCCAAGAGAGGAUACUCCUAACUUUCCUGUGACUCUAAGAAUCUCAAAAACUCGACUAUUUGUGAGUGCCCAAGAUGAAGGCCAACCGGUGUUGCUGAAGGAGAUGCCUGAGACACCCAAAAUCAUCACAGAUAGUGAGACCAACCUCCUCUUCUUCUGGGAAACUCAUGGCACUAAGAACUACUUCGCAUCAGUUGCCCAUCCACAGUUGCUUAUUGGCACAAAGCAAGAAGAUCUGGUGCAGUUGGCAAGGGGGUUACCCUUUAUCACUGACUUUCAGAUAAUUGAUAACCAGGCUUAGCUCUGGAGUUACUCACUUAUGAAGUGUUGACAGUUCGUAUGUACCAUGUACAUGAAGAAGUCAAAUCCUUUACUCUUAGUCAUAUGCUGAGCAAUGGUGCUGAGCCUUUGUAAUUCUGACUGAAUGUUUACACUCUUUGUAAGAGAAGUGCAAAGUCUGAUAGAACCAACAUU